AUGGCAAGCAAGAUCAUUAGGGUCAAGCGCGAGGGCUUCUCGAGUGAAACGCUGCAGCUCCGAACGACGGCGCCGCUCCACACGCAGCUCGCCGACGCGGUGGGCCUGCCGCCGCUCUUCGCCUUCCGAAUGGUGGACGAGAAUGGCAAGGACGUGCUAGAGGCCUUCGAGGCCUUGGAGGCCGGCCGUGAGUACACGAUCUAUCCCUACCAUGUGGAGCCGGAGAAGCAAGCCGUUGGAACAUGGAUGAAGUCUGCCAUCAGCUGUUGCCCAUGCCUUGCAUUUCUUUGCCGAUGA